AUGAUCGAAAGCGCUGUUGCCGUAGCCUUGUACCCCAGACUGUCUGCUUUAGCGGCUACCUUGAGUAACUCUAGUAUUCAUUGGUCUUCGGAGACCACACUCUCUCUCCCCAACACCACGGCCUUCUUUAACGCUACGGAGCGAUGGACCAUCUAUGAUCCACCUACUUACGAGGCGGCCCUGUCUCCAGGUACAGAGGAGGACGUAGUUCAAGCUGUCAAGUUGGCAAAGCAAAGCAAGAUCCCUUUCUUAGCGACGGGGGCGCGACAUGGGUAUUCGACGACACUGGGACAACUUCAAGGCGGUCUUGCUAUCGAUUUAUCCAAACUGAACUCUGUGCAAAUCGAUAAGGAUGCGGCUCAACUUACCAUUGGACCCGGUGUGCAUUUCCGAGACAUCUUCGGACCAGUAUAUGAGGCUGGCUUUGAGAUCCAGACUGGAACUUGCAGCUGUGUUGGUAUGAUGAGCGCCACUCUGGGUGGCGGCAUUGGACGCUCCCAAGGCAUUCACGGGAUGAUCAUCGAUGCUCUGAUCUCGGUGCGUCUCGUGACAGCCGAUGGUCAGAUAAUUGAGGCAUCAGAGACAACCAACUCAGACUUGUUUUGGGGCAUUCGGGGCGCCGGUCAGAACUUUGGUAUUGUCGUAUCGGCCACUUACGGGCUUCAUCCGCUACGUAAUGGUGGUGUCUGGACAAGUGCCGACAUUUUGCUCACCCCUGAGAAGAACGUCUCUUACUUCGAGACGGUGGAGAAAAUGCACCCAUUGCCAGCCGAGCUUACAGUGGAGACUAUCAUCAACUACAAUUCGACUCUGGAGCAGCCACAACUUAUGCUUAGCCUUGUGUAUGCGGGACCUAAAGACGAGGCUGUUAAGGCUAUGGCUCCUAUUCUCGAGCUGGGUCCAUCAUACUCGCUCAUUAAGGAGAUUCCGUGGAGUGAAAUAAGCACACAGACGACCUUCCUCCUCGAUGGUCCCGUGUGUGAGAACAACCAGAUCUACGACAUCUACCCUGUCAAUUUGCGGACAUUUGAUGCCCCUACCUUGACUGCCACCUUCGGGAAGAUGGCUCAGUUUUGGGAGGAGAAUCCAUCUGCGCAAAUCUCGGACAUUACUAUUGAGACUUGGCCGAUUCAAGCUACGGUGGCUGUUCCGGAUAACGCAACGGCCUACCCCUGGCGAGAUACGACUUCCUAUAUCAUGAUCCAAAUGAGAUGGAACAACGUCGGUGACCCCGUUCAGGGACCAGCCGACAAGUUUGCCGUAGGACUCCGCAGUGACCUGGCUGCCACCUCCGGCUACGACGAUCUGGCUGUUUACCAGAACUAUGCGUGGGGAGACGAGACGCUUGAGCAGAUCUACGGCAAGGAGAAGCUGCCGAGGCUGGCUCGGCUCAAGGCUCAGUAUGAUCCCGACAACAUCUUCAGCUUCUAUCAUGCUCUUCCUACGUCGUACCCGUAA